UUUCCUUCUCCCACGCGUUCCAAACACCAACAGAGCUGAAGGAGAAGAAGUGAAAAAGAAACGAGAAUCGGGAAGAUCUACAUCAGGAAUCUCGGUUCUGGGCGGCGCCGUAGCGUUACUACAAUCCAAAACAUCUCUUUUUCCUGUUUCCAGGGUCUCCGACAGGACCAUUCGUUACUCCAUCUCCAUGGGUUUCACCCACGGUUUACUGGAAGAACAGCCGGGAUUAUCAUUGUUUAAUCGAAGAAACUGAAACUCCGACGAAAUGAAAGCCACUCUUCAACUAACCAAACAUAUUCUGGUGAUUGAAGACUUAAGAAGGGAAGAAAGGUGGGUAGAAGGCAUAAAAUUAAUAAAAACCUUCCAUUCUAAUUCAAGCAUUGGAAGUGGGGGGAAAAGAUUAUCCCUAUCUGCAAGUCAAAGUAAGCUGAUGCAUAAAGCCAAAGAAGACGAGGUUUGAAGACUAAAAGUCGUAAAGGACAAUGAUUUUGUUGGGAUGUUCUUAAUCUGGGGGUCACUAGAGACUUCACUUUGCAAAUUCCCAAACCCUAAAAGGUCCUACCUAUUUAAUGAGGAGGCUAUCUGCUUGUUGCUUCACAGCUCGAGUCUCUUCAAUCCAUCGGAAGCACAGCCAUUCAUCCCUGGUUUUGUGGUUGCUUUAGAGAUCAGGAGAAUCUAUGGAGAACCCAUCAGCCAGCAAUGCCAACGGCUCUGACUCCGAGAAAACAAAUGGAAAUAUGAACAAUUCAAGUGGAAGUGUUGGCACUAAUGUUGUCUUGAAUCAUGACUUCUCAAAGGGGCUGGAUUCAUGGCAUCCCAACUGUUGCGAUGCCUUUGUAGUUUCAGCUGAGUCUGGACACAAUGAAGGACUAUUUGCUAAGGCUGGUGGAAGUUAUGCUGUUAUUACAAAUCGGACUGAAUGCUGGCAAGGUUUAGAACAAGAUAUCACUGGCAGAAUUUCCCCAGGAAUUACUUAUACAGUUCUUGCUCAGGUUGGUGUGCCAAGCUCUCUUCAGAGCUUUACUCAUGUCCAGGCCACACUGAAACUAGAAAAUGGGGAUUCGGCCACUAGCUAUUUGUUCAUUGCAAGAACGCCUGUUCCGAGGGAUCAGUGGACAAAAUUGGAAGGCACGUUCUCACUACCAUGUUUGCCCGACCGGAUUAUAUUCUAUUUGGAAGGGCCUGAUCCUCAAGUAGACCUACUCAUAAAGUCAGUAGUAAUCUCAUGUCAUGGUAUCAGUGGGUGUGACAGUAUAAGCCCAAUAUGUCCUGUCAUUGAAGAGGAGAACAUUAUAUUAAAUCCAAAAUUUGAAGAUGGCCUUAACAAUUGGUCUGGAAGAGGCUGCAAGAUUGUUUUGCAUGACUCCAUGGGGGAUGGGAAAAUCCUUCCAAUGUCUGGAAAAUUCUUUGCAUCAGCAACAGAACGUACACAGACCUGGAAUGGUAUUCAACAGGAGAUAACUGCAAGAGUAAAGCGAAAACUUGCUUAUGAGGCUACUGCCGUGGUUCGUAUAUAUGGUAACAAUGUCACUAGUGCAGAUGUACGGGCUACAUUGUGGGUUCAGACACCAGAUCUUCGUGAACAGUACAUAGGCAUUGCCAAUUUGCAGGCAACAGACAAAGACUGGGUACAGUUACAUGGGAAAUUUCUUCUAAAUGGCUCUCCUAAAAGAGUGGUGAUUUAUUUGGAAGGACCACCUCCGGGCACUGACAUCCUCCUGAAUAGUUUAGUUGUAAAGCAUGCUGAAAAAGUCCCUCCAUCUCCUCCACCUACUAUUGACAACCCAGCUUUUGGAGUUAACAUAAUCACCAACAGCAGCCUCAGUGAUGGCACUAAUGGGUGGUUUCCCCUUGGUAGUUGCACUUUAAGUGUUCGAACUGGUUCACCACAUGUGCUUCCCCCAAUGGCAAGAGAUACUCUUGGACCUCAUCAGCCCCUAAGUGGUCGCUGCAUUCUGGUGACAAAUCGCACCCAAACUUGGAUGGGUCCUGCUCAGAUGAUUACUGAUAAGCUAAAACUAUAUUUGACUUACCAAGUAUCUGGGUGGGUUCGAAUUGGCUCUGGUGCAAGCGGGCCUCAGAAUGUGAAUGUUGCAUUUAGUGUGGACAACCAAUGGGUUAAUGGGGGUCAAGUUGAGAUUAGUGAUGACAGAUGGCAUGAAAUUGGUGGGUCUUUUAGAAUUGAGAAGCAACCUGCCAAGGUGAUGGUUUAUGUGCAAGGCCCUGCUUCGGGUGUUGAUUUGAUGGUUGCUGGAAUUCAAAUUUUCCCAGUUGACCGACAAGCAAGGUUUAAUCUUUUAAAGGGACAGACUGAUAAGGUACGCAAGCGUGAUGUUAUCUUGAAAUUCUCUGGAUCAGACUCGAGCAUUCUGCAUGGCGCCUCUGUCAAAAUCAGGCAAACUGAUAACAGCUUUCCCUUUGGGUCAUGUGUGAGUCGAAUGAACAUAGACAAUGAAGAUUUUGUUAGUUUUUUUACCAAAAACUUCAAUUGGGCAGUCUUUGGAAACGAGUUGAAAUGGUACUGGACUGAGCCGCAACGAGGAAACUUCAACUACAAGGAUGCUGAUGAGCUCCUGAACUUGUGCCAGAGAAAUAACAUUGCAACCCGGGGUCAUUGUAUCUUCUGGGAGGUGGAGAGCAUGGUUCAAUCGUGGAUAAAAGCUCUGAACAAAAACGAUAUGAUGACAGCUGUCCAGAACCGUUUAAAUGGCCUCCUCACACGCUACAAAGGGAAGUUCAAGCACUACGAUGUGAACAACGAGAUGCUGCAUGGAUCAUUUUAUCAAGAUCAUUUGGGUAAAGAUAUCCGCACAUACAUGUUCAAGACUGCGAGCCAACUAGACCCAUCUGCUGUCCUAUUUGUGAACGAUUAUCACGUUGAGGACGGAUGUGACACGAAAUCAUCUCCAGAAAAGUACAUCCAACACAUCCUUGAUCUGCAAGAACAGGGAGCUCCCGUGGGAGGGAUUGGCAUCCAGGGACAUAUAGAUUACCCAGUUGGUCCCGUUGUUUCUUCAGCCCUGGAUAAAUUGGGUAUUCUUGGUCUUCCAGUCUGGUUCACCGAGCUUGAUGUGUCAUCUGCCAAUGAAUUCGUUCGAGCAGACGACUUGGAAGUGAUGCUCCGAGAAGCUUUUGCUCAUCCUGCAGUGGAGGGUGUCAUGUUCUGGGGCUUCUGGGAGCUGUUUAUGAGCCGAGACAAUGCACAUCUUGUGAACGCAGAAGGCGAUAUCAAUGAAGCCGGUAAGAGGUACCUUGCUCUCAAGAAAGAGUGGCUCUCCCAUGCUCGUGGGCACAUGGACGAACAAGGACAAUUCGGUUUUAGAGGCUUUCAGGGCACGUACAACGUGGAAAUCGAUAUUGGCCUGAAGAAAGUUUCCAAAACAUUCACCGUUGACAAGGGCGAGGAUCCACUGGUGGUAUCCAUAGCCAUCUAGUUUCUAUCCAAGGUCUCAAAGAAUGGAGUCACGAAGUGAACCGUGAAGCUGAAGAAUAAUGCUUUGGAAAACUGAAAAUGCUAUGUUAUUAUUGCUGUUCAAUGGUUGUGCACGUCCUCAAUAAAAAAAGUUUGAUCUGUUGCCUCUGUUUGUAAAUU